AUGCUCCAGAUUGACGAUUCACUUGGAUAUGAAGCUGUUGGUGCCACAAAGAUUCCAAUAAUUUCCAGAAAUCCGAUUCAGGCACAAGAUCAUAUGGACAAGGCAUCUGUGCUUGAAGAUGCAUCUAUUUACAUAAAAGAACUUCAAGAUUGGGUGAAGGAACUGGAGGGAUUAUCAGGAACAAAGAGAAAGAAUGUUCAAGAAUUUGUUAUGUCCAUAAGGAGGUCUAGGCUUAGUACUAGUGAUGAUGAAUACUACUCAUCUGAUGAAACGAACUCUAAAGACAAUACUCAUCUUUGCAAAUUGUCACCUGAGAUUGAAGUUCAGAUGUCAGGGAGCAGUGUGCUUGCAAAUCUCGAACCCAUGAGCAUAUAA